ACUUUGUUUAGUGAUUCAACUUGGAUAUCAGAUGACCAGGACAGCAGCCGGACCAAUCUGAUAGAAGGUGAUAUUUAUAAAAGGCCCUCUCAUCUGGUGCUAGAAACACAACUCUGCUGAUCCCAAGCACCUGCCUUUACAGCAGUCAGCAGAGAUGGUGUUAUCCCAAUCUCUUUCCGUCUCAGCCACAGAGCUGCUCCUGGCUGCUGCCAUCUUCUGCCUGGUAUUCUGGGUGGUAAGAGCCUCAAGGCCUCGGGUCCCCAAAGGCCUAAAGAGUCCACCAGGGCCCUGGGGCUGGCCCCUGAUAGGGCACAUGCUGACCCUGGGGAAGAACCCUCACCUGGCACUGACAAAGCUCAGCCAGAAGUAUGGGGACGUGCUGCAGAUCCGCAUUGGGACCAUGCCUGUGGUGGUGCUGAGUGGCCUGGACACCAUCCGGCAGGCCCUAGUGAAGCAGGGUGAUGACUUCAAGGGCCGGCCAGACUUCUACACCUUCACCCUUGUUACUGAUGGCCAGAGCAUGAUCUUCAAUACAGACUCUGGACCAGUGUGGGCUGUCCGCAAACGCCUGGCCCAGGAUGCCCUGAAGAGUUUCUCCAUAGCCUCAGACCCCACUUCUGUGUCCUCCUGCUACUUGGAGGAGCACGUGAGCAAGGAGGCUGAGUGCCUAAUUGGCAGGUUCCAGAAGCUGAUGGCAGACUCUGGGCACUUUGACCCCUACAACGAGGUGGUUUUGUCAGUGGCCAAAGUCAUUGGUGCCAUGUGCUUUGGGAAGCACUUCCCUCAGAGCAGUGAGGAGAUGCUCCAUAUUGUGAAGAACACCCAUGAAUUUGUGGAGACUGCCUCCUCUAGGAAUCCUGUGGACUUUUUACCCAUUCUUCGCUACCUGCCCAACCCUGCCCUGGAAAGGUUCAAGAACUACAAUAAGAGGUUCCUGCAGUUCCUGCAGAAAACAGUCCAGGAGCACUAUCAGGACUUUGACAAGAACAGUGUCCAGGACAUUGUAGGCGCCCUGUUCAAGCACAGCGAGAAGGCCUCUAGAGCCAAUGGUGGUCUCAUCCCCCAGGAGAAAAUUGUCAACCUUGUCAAUGACAUCUUUGGAGCCGGAUUUGACACUGUGACAACAGCCAUCUCCUGGAGCCUUAUGUACCUUGUGACAAAGCCUGAGAUACAGAAGAAGAUCCAGAAGGAGUUAGAUACCGUGAUUGGCACGGAGCGGCAGCCCAGGCUCUCUGACAGACCCCAAUUGCCCUACAUGGAGGCCUUCAUCCUGGAGCUCUUCCGACACACUUCCUUUAUACCCUUCACCAUCCCUCAUUGCACAACGAGGGACACAGCACUAAAUGGCUUCCACAUUCCCAAGGAUCGCUGUGUCUUUAUAAACCAGUGGCAGGUCAACCACGACCCGGAGCUGUGGGAGGAUCCCUUUGAGUUCCAGCCUGAGCGAUUCCUCACUGCCAACAACAGGGCCAUCAACAAGACCGUGAGUGAGAAGAUGAUGCUCUUUGGCCUGGGCAAGCGCAGGUGCAUUGGGGAGAUUCCAGCCAAGUGGGAGAUCUUCCUCUUCCUGGCCUUCCUACUGCAGCAGCUGGAGUUCAGUGUGCCACCAGGCGUGAAGGUGGACCUGACCCCCAUCUACGGGCUAACCAUGAAGCAUGCCCGCUGUGAUCAAAUCCAGGCACGGUUACGCUUCUCCAAGUGAAGAAAGCACCAUCAUGCCAAGGUGGGGGAGGGGGUGCUCAUGGGUCCUUAGCCCUUGUUUCUUUUCUUUUUAAGAAAAAAAGAAAAACAGCUUUACUAAGAUAUAAUUCUUAUACUAUAUAAUUCACCUCCUUCCAUGUCUUUAUAGAAUUGCACAACCAUCACCACCACUGAUUUUAGAACAUUGUAUUACCCACAAAAAGCCUCAUACUCCUUAGCAUUUAGUGACUGCUCCUCCAUCAUGCCUCUCCUGCCCCACUAGCCACGGGAAAUCACUAGUCUACUUUCUGUCUCUGUAGAUUUGUCUACUCUGGACACUUCAGAUAAAUGGAAUGAUACAA